ACAAGAAGAGAAGGCUUCAAUGGAUUCUCUUGUGGUCCUUGUGCUCUGUCUCUCCUGUUUGCUUCUCCUUUCACUCUGGAGACAGAGAUCUGGGAGAGGAAAACUCCCUCCUGGCCCCACUCCUCUCCCAGUGAUUGGAAAUAUCCUACAGAUAGAUAUUAAGGACGUCAGCAAAUCCUUAACCAAUCUCUCAAAAGUCUAUGGCCCUGUGUUCACUCUGUAUUUUGGCCUGGAACGCAUGGUGGUGCUGCAUGGAUAUGAAGCGGUGAAGGAAGCCCUGAUUGAUCUUGGAGAGGAGUUUUCCGGAAGAGGACAUUUUCCGCUGGCUGACAGAGCUAACAGAGGAUUUGGAAUCAUUUUCAGCAAUGGAAAGAGAUGGAAGGAGAUCCGGCGUUUCUCCCUCAUGACACUGCGGAAUUUUGGCAUGGGGAAGAGGAGCAUUGAAGAUCGUGUUCAAGAGGAAGCCCGCUGCCUUGUGGAGGAGUUGAGAAAAACCAAGGCCUCACCCUGUGAUCCCACUUUCAUCCUGGGCUGUGCUCCCUGCAAUGUGAUCUGCUCCAUUGUUUUCCAUAAACGUUUUGAUUAUAAAGAUCAGCAAUUUCUUAACUUGAUGGAAAAAUUUAAUGAAAACACCAAGAUUGCGAGCAGCCCCUGGAUCCAGAUCUGCAAUAAUUUUCCUCCUUUCAUUGAUUAUUUCCCGGGAGCCCAUAACAAAAUACUUAAAAACAUUGCUUUUGUGAAAAGUUAUAUUUUGGAGAAAGUAAAAGAACACCAAGAAUCAAUGGACAUGAACAACCCUCGGGACUUUAUUGAUUGCUUCCUGAUCAAAAUGGAGAAGGAAAAGCACAACCAGCAGUCUGAAUUUACUAUUGAAAACUUGGAAAACACUGCAGUUGACUUGUUUACAGCUGGGACAGAGACGACAAGCACAACCCUGAGAUAUGCUCUCCUUCUCCUGCUGAAGCACCCAGAGGUCACAGCUAAAGUCCAGGAAGAGAUUGAACGUGUGAUUGGCAGAAACCGGAGCCCCUGCAUGCAGGACAGGAGCCACAUGCCCUACACAGAUGCUGUGGUGCAUGAGGUCCAGAGAUACAUUGACCUCCUCCCUACCAACCUGCCCCAUGCAGUGACCUGUGAUGUUAAAUUCAGAAACUACCUCAUCCCCAAGGGCACAACCAUAUUAAUUUCCCUGAGUUCUGUGCUACAUGACAACAAAGAAUUUCCCAACCCAGAGAUGUUUGACCCUCGUCACUUUCUGGAUGAAGGUGGCAAUUUUAAGAAAAGUAACUACUUCAUGCCUUUCUCAGCAGGAAAACGGAUUUGUGUGGGAGAAGGCCUGGCCCGCAUGGAGCUGUUUUUAUUCCUGACCUCCAUUUUACAGAACUUUAACCUGAAAUCUCUGGUUGACCCAAAGGACCUUGACACCACUCCAGUUUUAAAUGGACUUGCCUCUGUGCCACCCUUCUACCAACUGUGCUUCAUUCCUGUCUGAAGAAGAGCAGAUGGUCUGGUUGCUGCUGUGCUGUCCCUGCAGCUCUCUUUCCUCUGGGGCGUUAUCCACAUUUCACUAUAUGUGAUGCCUUUUCUGGCCUGUCAUCUCACAUUUUCACUUCCCUCAAGAUCUAGUGAACAUUCAGCCUCCGUUAAGGAGAGUUUCCUAUGCUUCACAAUGCAAAUAUAUCUGCUAUUCUCCAUACUCUGUAACGGUUGCAUUGACUGUCACAUAAUACUGAUACUUAUCUAAUGUUGUUAUUAAUAUGUUAUUAUUAAAUAGAGAAAGAUGAUUUGUGUAUCAUAAUUCAAAGGCAUUUCUUUUCUGCAUGUUCUAAAUAAAAAGCAUUAUUAUUUGCUGA